AUGAAUUUUUUAGAGAAACCCAAAAACGUCGAUGUUCUUCUCAAUACCAAAUUUAUACAAGGACGCUUGGUAAUCACGAAUAAUAAAGGACUUGGUUCCUUCCAUUACUUGAGGAACGUUGAAGAGAUAGGAACACCAGAUGUAGGGGAGCUCGAUAUGCCGAAUUUGAAUAGGGUUGUGCAGAAUGAAAACGACGAAAUACGAGUACGAAUCCGCCAUAAUAAAAUACUCCUACUGACCGAAGAAGAAGUGUCUUCUCUCAAAAAAGCAGCCGGUGGAGAAGAGCACACGGAUCUUAAUGAGCAUCAUUUACGUAGAAAUAGGAAGAAGAAGACUGAACUAACGAUACUAGAAGCUUUGUUCAUAAUUUUCGUUAUAUUGCUACUGGUUCUGGUUCUUUUGUUGUUGAUGCUUAUAAAGAACAGAAUGCGCCCUUCAUCUGGUCUACCGCGGCCACCAUUUCGAAUCUCAAAAAAGUCCCAGGCUAUACUACUGGAUAUGUCCAAGACUGUUAUGACUUUCAAAUGCUUAGGAUUGCUUGAGAGAUCGAUGGUCUCGGGUACUAUUUAG